AUGGUGACUGAUAAUUGGAAUCUUCCAGUUCAUGGUACCUUGGAUUUUAUUUUUCUAUACAAGCUCAAGCGGCUUAAGGCAUCUAUGAAAAUUUGGAAUUUCCAGGUCUUUGGCAAUAUUAAUGCAAGAUUAAAGCAAGACAUGCUCAGGUUCGAGACUGCGGCAAGGAAUUAUGAUGACGACCCUGCCAAUUUGGUCAAGCUGAACGUUAUGAAGGAUGCUUUAUCCACUCUGCAGGAUACAAAGUCUCAACAAGCUGUUAUGUUAAAACAAAAGUCUAGAAAUAAUUGGUUGCUGGAUGGGGCCAGUAAUACGGCUUUUUUUCACAAUAGCAUCCGUUCUAGGCGAAGUAGAAAUGUUAUAUCUGAGUUGGUGGACAAUAGAGGCAACAUUAUUACUGACAAGGUUCUUUUGCAUAAUCAUGUGGUGCAUUACUAUGAGGAUAAAUUUAAUGGUAUGGAAGGCAUUAUCGAUGAUGCUUUGUUUGAUUGUGAGCAUGAUAGUAUAACUCUGGAAGAGAGUGCUAUGAUGGAUGUUGUUCCUACUCCGGAGGAGAUUAAGGAGGCUGUGUGGGAUUUGGGAGCUGAUAGUGCUCCGGGGUCGGACGAGUUUUCUGGUUGUUUCUAUCGUCAAUGCUGGGAUAUUAUCCAUGAAGACUUAAUUCAAGCUAUUAUUUUUUGUUGGAAUUUGAAGCACAUUCCUAAUGGGGCUAACUCUAGCCUUAUUAUUUUGCUGGAUAAGAUUCUUGCUACUCGCUUGGGUACAGUUUUGGAUAAAUUAGUUUUAGAGGAACAAGUGGCUUUCUUGAAGGAAAGAAACAUUCAUGAAAACAUCAGUUUGGCUUUGGAAAUGAUAAAUGAACUUCAUAUAAAGAGAAAGGACGACAACUUGGGGCUAAAGCUAGAUAUUUCUCAGGCUUUUGAUACAUCAGCUCGUAUUUCUAUUCUUUUGAAUGGUAUCCCAGAUGGUUUUUUCAGUAUUAAUAGAGGGCUGAGACAAAGGGAUCCUCUAUCUCCACUUAUCUUUUUUUUGAUUGAAGAUGUCCUAAGCAGAAACAUCUCUAAGCUUUUCAUCCAAGGUAAUAUGAAGAGUGUGCGUAAUCUUAUUAAGCUUUUGGAAAUCUAUCAACAUGCCUCUGGAAAAACUGUUUGUCGCCAAAAGAGCAAGGUUUAUUUUGGGGGAGGAUCUUUGACAAGAUGUAGAUACCUUACGGAUUUUUUGGGGAUGUCUGUUGCCCCUUUUCCAGAUCGUUAUCUUGGUGUUCAAGUUAUGCCAGGUGAUUCUAACACGAGAAGAUAUUUCUUUGUGGGUUAUGACAAGGUUUGUACUCCUUAUGAAGAGGGUGGCCUUGGUAUUACUUCCUUGUCUGUUAUAAAUGAAGCCCUUUUGAUGAAGCUUUCGUGGAAAAUCCGUACUUCUAAAAAUAAGCGGGCUAAAUACCUUGUUCCUAAAUUUUUUGGAAGAAAUGGAAAAAUCAAACGCAGAGGUGAAUGGGUUAUUGUUGAAGUCCAUCAUACAAGACUUGUUACUGCGGGUAUUAAUCUGUUAGAUUUACCAAGGCCUGUGGAAGGUGAGGACGUGCGCAUUUGGAUGCCUGAAUACAAAGGCCAAUUCACGGUUCAAUCUUCCAAGGAAAUUAUUAGACCGCGACAACCAAAAUUUGAAGGUGCAAACUUGUUAUGGAGACCAAGUAUACAUCCUUGUCUUGAGGCUCAGAACUGGAAAAUCCUUCGGGGUGCUUGUGCUUCUCUUGACCAGGUGCAUUCUCGUUUUAAAGUUGAAAUUCGAACUAAAUGUGUUUUGUGUUCUUGUGCGGAGGAAUCUCUCGAUCACAUUCUUUGGAGAUGCAACUUUGCUGCUAAAGCUUGGACGUGGCUAGCUGAUACCUUUGGGAUAUUGCCGCAUCCUAAUUUAGUUAUGGCAUUCAAAGCUUCCAAGGGCCGGAGCAAGAUGAUUCAAGAGUUAUGGUUGCUGUCGAUCUUAGUCAUAAGAUCUGAACUGUGGUUUACGAGAAACAAGAAGGUGUUUCGGAUAAAAAUCCUAACUGGUCGUUGUUUUUCAAGAGAAUUUUGUAUCAAAUUCAUGAGUAUUCAGUCCGGCUCAAGGGGUUUAUGA